ACUACGUCAUAACUCAAACAGUAAAUUCACAAUAGGACGGCUCUUGUUUCUCUGAUAUAAAGGCUGGAACGCUCUGAAGACCUUCACUACUCAGAAUGAGAGCACUGGUUUUCCUCGCGUUCUCUCUGUAUCAGUGUACUGUGGUACAGGGUGCAGAUGUUGAUUCUCCAGAGGUACACCUUGGCCCCGGAGACCAUUCCUUCAUCUCCAGGAUUGUCAGUGAGCUCAGAGAAGUAAAAUCCAUUUUGAAAGACCAGAAAGCUCUUUUGGAAGAACUAAAGCAACAAGGGCAAACACAUGGAAACACAUGCAGCGCUGAAAUUCGGUAUGAGCUCAAUGAACUGAAAUCCACGGUGGCAGACCAGAAGGUCAAGCUAGAGGCACUCCAGAAACAGCUAGCAGACAAACCUAAUGUUGCAUUCUCAGCUUCUCUCUUCGGCCACAGCGGUCAGACUGUGGGAGGAUACUCAACUGAGGAGAUCCUGAAGUUCCAGAAAGUUUUCACAAACAUCGGGGGUGCCUACAGUCCCACGACUGGAAAGUUCACCGCUCCUGUGAAAGGUGUGUACUACUUUGGCUUUUCCGCUUUUGCAACCGGACAAUACAGCAUGGGCGUCCAUCUGCGUAAAAACGGCGAGCAAGUAGUGGCUACCUACGAUUACAACAGCAGCCAUAAAGACGUGAACGGAGCGAACCGGGCCGUGCUUAUCCUGGAAAAGGGCGAUGAAGUGUACAUUGGGCUUUGGAGCGGUCUGCACAUUUUUGACAGUUACAACAGAGUCAGCACCUUCACCGGGUUCCUGAUUUUCCCUAUGUAAUGAAAACGAUUUGCCUAUGUUCAGAUUAAAGUUAGUGCAAAUGCAUCGAAAGUAUGCAAUGAGGAACAUACGUCCAAAACAGAGCUCAGCUCAUUUUAUCCUAAUAUUAAAUAGAACCAGAAAAAAAGAGUGUGUUUGUGCAAAUCAGCAGCUGAAUAACACAUAAUUAACACAUCAGGAUGUGGACUAUGUUUGUAUCUCAAACUGUAUCGCAACAAUAAAAAUACAUAGCUUGUAA